CAGGAGUUAUUAUAGUAUUUGUACUCAAAUAGCCAUUAUAUUUACACUUAUUGUAGUAGAACUUGUACUGGUGGGAGAACUAGUUAUUGUGCUUGUAGUAACAGGAGGCAUUUGUACUUAUUGUUGUAAUAUUGCUUAUAGAUUAGUAGUUGUUACAGCUAUCACAAUAAUAGUACUCCAGCAUAAAUAUUUUCUAAAUGUACAAUAGCUCUAAAAGUAUUUGUAGUUUUGAGAUAGAUAUUGUUCGUGCAUGUAUAGUCAACCCAAUUGUUAUAGUUGCUUCAGUACCUAUAACAGCAUCAACUUAUAUAGCAUCAACAACUAGAGUAGAGUUUAAGCAGAGUCCAGUAAAAUGCAGGACUACGAGGAGUCGGUGUCGUUCCUGGGGACCUGGGGCCCGUUCCAGAGGAGAGUCUUCUUCCUGCUCUGUCUCACCGCUAUUCCAUGUGGCUACAACCUCCUGUCUGUCAUCUUCCUGCUGGCUAGCCCCCCCCACCACUGCCACAUCCCAGCCCACAGCAAUCUGAGCGAAGAGUGGAUCCAGGCCAGCAUCCCACUACAGCAGGUGGCCGGGUUGACGGAGAGGAGCAGUUGUAGCCGGUAUGAGCUGGACCUGGUGCAGAACCUGUCUGCAAUGGGAACCAGACCCAGCCUAGGCCAGAUCCAGAACCUCUCUGGAUCUGGUCCAGAGGUCGUCCUCUCCGGUCUGAAGCAGGAGGGCUGUAAAGAUGGAUGGAUCUACAGUACAGAGUUCUACCAAUCCACUGCUGUCACAGAGUUUAACCUUGUGUGCAGUGACCAGUGGAAACAACCUCUGACCUCUCUUGUGUACUUCCUGGGAGGGGUGUGCGGAUGCUUCGUCUCUGGCCAGAUCUCUGACCGGUUUGGCAGGAAACCUGUUCUGUUCGGCUCUAUCGCCAUGCUUAGCAUCUUCAGCGGCGCUCUGGCUUUCGCUCCGUCCUGGUCCGUCUUCACUGUGCUCUUCUUCAUGCUGGGCAUGGGUCAGAUCGCCUGCUACAUAGUUGUAUUUGUACUAGGUUCAGAGAUCCUGAUUGGUUCAAGCAGAGUUCUCUUCUCCAGCUUGUUUUUGCCUUUUGUCUACGUGAUCGCUAUGAUGCUGCUGCCUGGCACUGCCUACCUGGUCAGGAACUGGAGACAGCUGUCACUGGCCAUGACCGUGCCCGGUCUCGCCUGUAUUCCCCUUUGGCGGCUGGUGCCAGAGUCCCCUCGCUGGUUGGUGUCUCGUGGCCGUUUGCGGGAAGCAGAAUUCAUACUGAGGUCAGCAGCUCUGAACAACCAAGUGGAACCUCCAGACGUCAUCUUCCUGUCAGCCAACGUUGAAAAGACAAUAAGCCAGAAGGCAGAGUCCCUCAGCUUCCUGGACCUGCUGAGGACCACGAACAUUCGAUAUAUCACACUCAUUCUGUGGCUCAUCUGGUUUUCUAUUAGCGUAAGCUACUUUGGGUUGUCAUUCAACAUGUCUAGCCUCUAUGGAAACCCCUUCCUAAACUACUUCCUGCUGUCGGCCAUUGAGCUCCCAGCAUAUGUCACUAUCUGGCUGGCGGCACGCAGUCUUCCUCGUCGCCUGUCAUUUAUAUCAUUCACCUUGCUGGGGGUGCUAGCACUGCUCCUCAUCCAGGUCACUCUGCACAGUCAGCCAGCUUUCACCCUGGCCCUGGUGCUGCUGGGUAAAUUUGGCAUUAUGGCUGGCACCGGGAUGUUGUAUAUAUACACUGGUGAACUGUCUCCCACGGUCAUCAGAAACACAGCAAUGUCGACAUGCGCCAUGUUCUCCAGAGCGGGGUCCGCUGUUUCUCCAUACCUGCUGCAGCUGGCUGUGUUCUAUCCGUUCCUGCCGUGGAUCGUUGUGGCUUCUCUGUCGCUGCUCAGCGUUUUCCUCUGCAUCUUCCUGCCGGAAACAUUCAGGCAGCCGCUUCCUGACACCAUUCAACAGAUGCCGCCCACACAGAGGUUCUGGUUGCCAUGGGCCUCCACCCCUCCUCCAAAGGAUGAUGGGAAAUCAACUAAAGAGCAGGCCACUGCACCCGAAAUCAUCUGCACAACUCGCCUAUAAGACUGCUGACACACAAACAAAUGAAAAAGUAAAACUACAGACAACACUUAAACUGCCCAAAACAUCAAAACUGUUGUAUUUUAUAAAAGAGAUUUUAUUCUAUUAUGACAGGAUGGUGGUGUAGUUUCUUGUGUCCACCAGGUGGUGACUUGUGAACACUUGGAAAGGACCUGCAGAGCCUUUUGUGAUGCAUUCACUGACACCUUAAGAAGCAACUAUAGUUUAUGGUUAUUCCAUACAGUAAGGGAAUCUCAUGCAAAGCUUUGCUGAAAAUAAAGAGUCACAAAACAACUGAAUGUAUUUUUCCAUUAAAGUCAAUGGAAAGAACGAAAGAAGAAAGAAAUUUUAAAAACCGUUACUCAGAAUCACACAGCAGGUUACUUCAAUUACUGUAGAUCUAGUUUACUGUGUUGCUGCUCAUGGAUGAAACACUGGUGCAUGAAUUCAAGUCAAUUCAAUUAUUAUUUAUAUAGCACCAAAUCAUAACAUACUUUACGAAGUAAGGUCAAGACUUACAGCACUAUAGAGACAAACCCAACUGUUCCCACCAUGACCAAACACUCGGUGACAGCGAAGAGGAAAAACUCCCUUAACAGGAGGGGGGGGGGGGGGGGGCGU